AUGGGCGAACCAGAGGCCGGACUGAAUUUUCACGAGCUUGAGCUAGACGAUCGAUUGUUGCGGGAUAUAGCACGGUUGGGAUGGAUCUCUCCAACACUGGUGCAGGAGAAGGCCAUACCGUUCCUGCUGGAGGGUAAGGAUGUGCUCAUACGUGCCCGUACCGGUUCAGGAAAGACUGCCGCAUUCGCCAUUCCAAUCAUACAGAACGUUCUGCGGUAUAAAAGAGAGACAGCGGUUCGUGAAACGUCCGUACUAGUGAUGGCCCCAAGCCAGGACCUUUGCCACCAAAUUUCCAAAGUGUUCGCCAAUCUAACGUACUCGUGCGGGCCUAUGAUGCGGGUAGUAGAUCUUUCAUCGAAGGAAGAAAAAGCUACCCAACGGCAUCUGCUUUCUGAGCGUCCGGAUAUUGUUGUAUCGACGCCGGCUCGUUUACGUGCCGUACUCGCCGACGGUACACUUAACGUUCGUGAAAGUCUGCGCUGUGUAACGAUCGAUGAGGCCGAUCUUAUGUUUUCGUUUGGGUUUGAAAAGGAUUUGAAAGAAGUGUUGAAACAUUUCCCACCCGUCCAUCAGUCGGUGCUCUGUUCGGCUACGUUGGAAAAUGAUGUGGUUGCGCUGAAAAAGAUGAUUCUUCACAACCCUGUAAUACUGAAGCUGGAGGAGCCUCAUUUGGCGGUCGGCAGUCAGUUGGCGCACUAUCAAAUCGAAGCGGAAGAGAUGGACAAGGCAGCGAUACUGUACACCGUGCUGAAGUUGAAGUUGAUUCAGGGGAAGUGCAUUGUUUUCGUGAAAUCAGUAGACCAGUGUUACAGAUUAAAACUAUUCCUGGAACAGUUUGGCAUUCGUUCGUGCAUUUUGAAUUCGGAACUGCCCAUAAAAAUCCGGUGCCACACAGUGAACCAAUUCAAUCAGGGUGUCUAUGAUACGAUCAUCGCUUCGGAUGAACAAAUGACGGACGAUCCAAAGCUGGUCAAGAAGAAAAGUUCUAAAAAACCUUCCACAAAGCAAAUACUUCAACAAACCGAAUCGGAAUCUAGCGUUUCCCGAGGGAUCGACUUCCAGUGUGUGUCGUGUGUGGUAAACUUUGAUUUUCCUUCCGAUAUCAACUCGUACAUUCAUCGUGCGGGUCGAACGGCACGCGGAAAGAACAACGGCAGCGUACUCUCGUUCGUCAGUGUCAAUGAGUUGGAAACGAAGAAAAGGGUGGAAGAAUUUCUUCAAACUCUGGCCGGUGAUAUGGAAUUUAAGAUGAAGGAUUUCAAUUUCAAUUUUGAAGAGGUGGAAGCAUUCAGAUACCGCGCCAAGGACGCAUGGCGUGCAAUUACAAAGCUUUCGAUCAGAGAAGCUCGUGUGAAAGAGUUAAAAAUGGAGAUAUUUAAUUCAGAAAAGUUAAAGUCGUUCUUUGAGGAAAAUCCACGAGAUUUGCAAACGCUGCGACACGACCGACAACUACACACGGUGCAAGUACAAGAACACAUGGGAGACGUACCGGAAUAUCUUGUCCCCGAGGCCCUGAAACCGAUGGUUGACAUUAUGAACGCAAAACGUAGGAAGAAGCUGCUGGAAAGACACGCACAGGCCAAGAAAAGGCAAUCCAAGGCCGACGAAGAUGAUCCACUGCUGGUGGACGGGAUCGAUUACACGAAGAAGUCAAGAAUGUAA